CAGCUUGUCCCUUGUCCCUUGGUGCAUAGCACCCCUUAUCUCUUAACUCCAAAAGAUAUUUUAGCCAAACUGCCAUCGUCUCCCUCGUCACAAUUUCUUCCCACAGAGCAACAUUCUCGCUCUUCUUUGCCCUUCCUUGACUGGGCGCAGAGUCGGCUGCUACCGGGACAUCAAGGAACUAGUACUGACACAUCGUAUUUCCCCAUGACCGCUUUUAACUCCGCCAACUGGGGAUUGGCUAGUGAGAGAGAAUAUGUGCCCAUGACAACGCGUGAGAGCGGCCGACCUUCUUCACGGUUAAAAUCCACCGCGAUACGACUACUGCCUACAGUUGUGAUUCUAGCCCUUGGUAUACUAAUAGGAUCCAACGUCCCAUGGUAUCUUUCAAUAUAUUCGCGACGACCAUCAGGCGCCAUAUCACUACUGCCAAGAGCUCUGCCGCCCAUCGCAUCAUCAACUGUCACCGACCAGCUUGUCUCACUAGGUCUUCCUCCCCCGGAAGAACCAAUACCGAAUGUGGUACAUUAUGUAUAUGGCCUUGCCGAUGACCAGCCGGACUUUCCGUAUUUUGCGUAUCUGGCAAUGAGAAGUGCGUUGGUCAGUCUCAAGCCGGAUGUGGUGUAUUUUCACUGUAUCAACGAGCCCAAGGGCUACUGGUGGGAGAGGGUCAAGAACUGGGAGGGAUGGAUAGACGAUCAGGGGAAUAGGAGAGGUAUGAUGGAAAUUAAGAGGGCAAGGGAUGUGCAGUGGAUAGGAACUAGCAAGAGACCUGUCGUCCAUUUUGCCCACAAAGCCGAUAUAAUCAGGCUAGAGGUACUCUUACAGUAUGGUGGUAUAUAUCUCGAUAUCGAUACGUUUGUCCUUCGCUCCUUCUCCUCGGCCUCUCUCCUUCAGUACGACACUGUUCUAGCGCUGGAGGCCCAUGGUCUUACUUUUCUUCGCAAACCCGCAUCAGACGAUGAAAUGCGUCCCAAAGGACUUUGCAAUGCCGUCAUAAUAGCACGGAGGGGGGCAGAGUUUUUGAAGCGGUGGCUAGACAGCUACGAAGGUUUCAGAGAGGACAAAUGGACAGAGCACUCAGUGGAGAUGCCAUGGACAUUAGCUCAGAUGUACCCGACGUUGGUAACUGUCUUGUCAGAGAGGACGUUCUUUUGGCCUCUUUGGACAGAUGAUCAUAUCCAUGCAGUAUAUGCGACAAAGGAGUAUGACUUUGAAGAAUCUGGUCAGCUCGCAUACCAUGCAUGGGAAUCCAAAGCUCAACCCUACCUCUCCGCCCUUGAUCCUUCCACCAUCACCCAAAUCGAGACUUCUUUCACUCGCAUGGCGCGCCGUUUCCGUGAACCCGACGAAUUGAGACGGUGGCUCGCGGUUGGUAAAGAGGAUGGUGCUGGAAGUGGAACGGGACUAGUUGAAGGUGAUGAGGAAGCGAACAGGAAGAGAUUGCUGCAGGACAGAACACGUCGGGGGGAAUGGGGAUUCAUUAAAGGGAAGGGCAUCAAGGUGAAUAGAGAGAGUAUCGAAUGAUUUUGGGACCGGUUAGUGGCUACUACUAGCGAUUACGGUGGUGCGGUGGUUUAGUUGUGGUCUUUCGGUUAUUUCAUGCCAUUGGGCUCAUUGCAUAUAUAUACAAGUUGAAGCUUUUUUUACACGAAACUGAUUUAUAGUAGAUGCUUCGAUUAUUUUGUACUACUAAAAAGGAGAAGUGAGCCCUUCAUGAAGAAUGGUGGAGAUGAACGAAGUG